AUGCUUCUCUACAACAUCAUUUGCACCAUUUCCUGCCUCGCCUUGACGGCGAGAGCAAGAGAGGGCAACAAGGGGAAAGGCUCUGUAUUACUGGACGUCCCUGAAAGUCCCAAACAAUCAGUAAAUGCCAACCAAGCGAGAAGUAUCUUGGAGGUCAACGAUGCAAGUCCAGCUCGACCAGCAGACACUCCAGGCAAGUUGAAAUCAAAACGGAAGAGAGAGAGGCAACAGACUAACAAAGUAAAUACAGGCUCUUGUGGCGUCGACCAGCAAGCGACAAACAAUGGUUCUUGCGGAAUCAGAAUAGGGCGACAAGGCUUAACCAGCGACGAUUCUGGCGGCCCGAAUAUCAUUAAGCGCGAGACAAACAUAGAGAACAAGGCUCCUACCGAAGGCAAUGGUCUCACUAGAAGAAAGGCAGCUCCGAAGGCGACCCCCAAGAAGGCUGCAGCUCCCAAGAAGGCUGCAGCUCCCAAGAAGGCGGCAGCUCCCAAGAAGGCGGCAGCUCCCAAGAAGGCGGCAGCUCCCAAGAAAGCGGCUGCAAAACCCAAGAAAGCGGCUGCCAAACACAAGAAGGCUGCUGCUAAGCCAAAGAAGGCCGCUAUCAAACCAAAGAAAGCUGCUGCUAAAUCCAAGAAGCCUGUUGGAGCAAAGAAAGCUGCUGCCAAACUCAAGAAGCCUGCUGCUAAGCCCAAGAAGCCUGCUGCUAAGCCCAAGAAGCCUGUUGGGGCCAAGAAAGCUGCUGCCAAACCCAAGAAAGCUGCUGCCAAACCCAAGAAGGCUGCUGCUAAACCCAAGAAGCCUGUUGGAGCCAAGAAAGCUACUUCUAAACCCAAGAAGCCUGCUGUUAAAUCCAAGAAGCCUGUUGGGGACAAGAAAGCUGCUAUUAAACCAAAGAAGGCUGCUGCUGGACGGAAGAAGACCACUAGUCCUAAGAAAUCUACAGUCAAGCCAAAGAAGGCUACUGCAAACCCGAAGAAAGCUACGGGACAGAAGAAGGCUGUCGGCCCUAAGAAAGGUGCUGGAGCUCAGAAGGGAGCAGCGAAGAAGCCUACUAAGCUCAAGAAAGCCUCUGGCCCUAAGAAAGGUGCUGGCCCUAAGAAGGGAGUAGCGAAGAAGCCUGCUGAUCUUAAGAAAGCUUCUGGCUCUAAGAAAGCCGCUGGUUCUAAGAAGGGAGCAGCAGCUAAGAAGAUUGCUGGAGCUAAGAAAGCCGCCACAAAGCCGAAGAAGGCUGGUAGUCCUAAGAGCGCCUCUGGAUCUAAGAAAGCUGCAGCAACGAAGGCUACUACACCUAAGAAACCUGCCAGACCUAGUAAAGCCGCUGGUUCUAAGAAAACUGCUGGUUCCAAGAAGACUGCUGGUUCCAAGAAGACUGUUGGUUCCAAGAAGACUGCUGGCUCCAAGAAGCCUGCUGGUUCCAAGAAGCCUGCUGGCUCCAAGAAGCCUGCUAGACUUAACAAAGCGGCUGGUUCCAAGAAAACUGCUGGUUCCAGGAAGACUGUUGGGAAACCAAAUAAAGCUGCUGAUCCUAAGAAAGCUGCCGGACAGAAGAAAGUUGCUGGUUCUAAGAAGGGAGUAGCAGCUAAGAAGGUUACUGGAGCUAAGAAGGCUACUACUAAACCGAAGAAAGCUACUACUAAUCCGAAGAAGACUGGUAGCCUUAAGAGCGCCCUUAGUUCUAAGAAAGCUGCUGGUGUUCAGAAAGGAGCAGUAGCUAGUAAGCCCACUGGAUCUAAGAAGACUGCUGGUAAACCGAAGAAAGCCACUGGUCCAAGGAAAGCCGCUGGUUCUAAGAAGACUGCUGGCAAACCAAAGAAAGCCGCUGGUUCCAAGAAGACUGCGGGGAAACCAAAGAAGACUGGUGGAGCUAGGAAUAAAACAUCAUCCAAGAAGCCCGGUAAACCCAAGAAAACUGGUGGUCUUAAGAAGGGCUCCAGGUCCAAGAAGCCUGCUGGGAAACUAAACAAGGCUGGAGCCAAACAGAAGAAGGUUGCUGGGAAACAGAAGAAGGCUGCUGGACCAAAGAAACCCAAGGGCAUACUGAAAAAAGGUUCUGCGAACAAGCACGCUCCAAAGAAGGGUGCUAUCAAGAAGGCUGGUCACAGCAAAAAGCCAGUGGGCAACAAGAAAUCUGCCGGCAACAAGAAGGCCACCAAGAACCAUAACUUCUCCAACCAGAGGAAGGCUGUCGGGAACAAGAAGACUGCUGGAAAGAAGACUUCACCAGGCAAGAAGAGACCUGGUCCGAAAAGGCCAGCAGGCAACAAGGCGACUGCUGGCAACCAAAAGACCCUCGGCAAUAAGAACUCGGCAGGCAACAGGAAGCUAGUUGGCAAAAACAGGACAACUGCCCAUGGCAAGGCUUCUAAUAGUAAACAGCCACCUAGCCAACCAAAGGCAGCCAACCAUAGGGGGCUCGGGAAUAAAAGUAAACCGUCGGGUCAGAGUCAGAGACUUGGCAGCAAGAAUAAGGCACCGGCAGGCCCAGCAAGCUGUUCCAUUGGAGGAAAGUGGAAGCGCGGCGGCUGCGGCGCUCCUACUAAUGAUGAUGGGUCGUCUGGCAGGGGAAAGGCUCCAGCUGCUUCAGAUUCACCUAAAAGGAAACCCGGUGACAUUAACAGGCUACCCAAGCUGAAGAUACCCUCAAAUACAGGGAGUUCCGAGUCUAGAAAGCAAGACAGUGGAAGCCCUCACGAGAGACCGAAGACAGCCUCCAACCCGCAUCGUAGUAGGAUACCGGUGAAGUCGCCCACCAGGCCAGGGGGCGCCCAGACAGGCAGGAAAGCCAGUGCGAUCCAUCCAAAGAGCCCGAAGGCAGCCUCCAACCCGCAUCGAAGUCGAAUACCGGUAAAAUCGCCCACGACGCCAGGGGGCGCCCAGGCAGGCAGGGCCAGUGAGAGUCAUCAACAGAGACCGAAGACAGCCUCCAUCCCGCAUCGAAGUAGGAUACCGGUAAAGUCGCCCACGACGCCAGGGGGCGCCCAGGCAGGCAAGCAAGUCAGUGGGAAUCUUCCAGAGAGACCGAAGAGUCCAACCAAGAUACCAUCACCGAAGUCUCCGACCGGUGGGAGUCCCCGGACAAGCAGGCCUGAUGGUGGAUCAAAUGGUGCCAAGAGGAAGCGACCAGACGAUCAAUCCCAACCCCAGAAGAAGAGAAUAAAGGCUGGGAUCUUCGGCCAGAGCGGGAUUAAACCAGAUGAUCAGAAAAUCAGGAUCGUGAAGGCACAUGAUGCCGGGAAGUCUCAAGCAGGCAAAGGAGCUCAGACCAAUCCUCCUGCGAAGACCGGGCAGAGCAGGCUGCAUAUUCCAUCAGGGCAGAACAGGCAGUCUGUACCGCCAUCUCAAGUCAAGAAUGCUUCGGGAGGGCACCAACCAGACCAGAAGGGCUCCUCUGUGAAGCCGCCUCCUGCGAGCAACGGGGCGAAGACCCGGCCAGCUCAGGCGUCACAGACCAAACCCAAGGGCAAAGCUGCUCAGGAUGUCGUGCAAAUAAAACCGCCCGUUGUGCCGAAGAAUGCAAUGCACGACAUAAAGAAGCCUGUCCGAAAAUCCGCGGAACAGAUCAAAAAGGAAAAGGAGGUGGACGAGAGGGCUAAGAAAGAAAGGGAGAAGUACGACGUGCCUCUGGACGACCAUCGAGAGAAUAGGGUAGAGGAUAAAAACGGCGAGCUCUUGAAGGGCAAGGCUAACACCAUGUACGUCAAUAUCUCGCCGAACCCUUUCAGGGUCGACCCAAACAACUUGCCAACGUCGUAUUCGCGCAAGGUCGGCGACGGGACCGACGUACCAGAAACCAAAGACUCAUCUGGUGCCACAAAGAAGGGAACGACAAGACUGGACGCCUAUAAGACAGAGAAUCCGGACUUCGCCAUAGCGUUCAGUCAUGGACAGCAUUCAAAGUUUAAUGAUGGGCAGAGGAAUUACAGGCCAGGCGAAUUGGAAGAAGCGAGUACUACAGGGCACACAUCCAAUGCAGGCGACCGUGAGUGGCACAAAUUUACGGCCGACUUACCGGAAAAUCAGCGCAAGUUGCAACACCAGGACAGGAUAAACAAGGGCCUGGUGCUCCCAGGGACGCCAGUGCCGCCGUCCUUGACCCCUCUAGAAUUGAACGAGGAGAUGAAGAAGAGUUUGGGAGGGGUUAAAAACCAUGCCGCUGGCCAAAAGGGCGGGCCGUACAGGGAGCACACGGACCGACUGAUUGGAGGUGCCUAUGAUGGGCAGCACAACACGGACAUAACAGUCGACCAUCUGCCUGGAGCGCGUUGA